GAAGGGGUAUAUGCGUCAUUUAGCUAGAUAUACUGACACGAACUGUGUAUAAAUAAGUCGAAGUCGCCGAAGCUGACUAGUUGUAUAAGAGAGUAACAAGCACGUUCUCUCCGACAAAACAAAGCCGGAAGACUCUCAUUCUCAAACCGGAGAUGCGAGUUGUCAGAAUCUCAUGCGUCGGGACACGUCAUCUCUCGCCUCCUUCCUCCGUCCGCGGCUGCGACGCCCACUCCGACGACGCCUCUGCCUCCUCCGCCGGGCUGAUCAAUGCAGAUGCAGAUGAUGCGAGUUGUAGUAGCACGCCUAGUUGGAGAAUCAAGAAAAGCCUUACAUGUGUGUGCUUCAACCGUAAGAGAGCGUAUGAACGUAUCUGUUCUAACUUGACACCAUUGCAGGAAGAAAGACUAAAGAGAUUGAGGAAGAGAAUGAAGAAUUACUUUGAUGCAUCGCGACCAGACCAUCAGGAUGCACUGAGAGCACUGUGGUCAGCUACGUAUCCUGGUGAAAAGCUUCAAGCUUUGAUCUCAGACCAAUGGAAAAAUAUGGGAUGGCAAGGAAAAGAUCCAUCCACUGACUUCAGAGGAGCUGGAUUCAUAUCACUGGAGAAUCUUCUAUUCUUUGCCAAGACAUUCUCGACUUCAUAUCAGCGUCUGUUAAAGAAACAAGGCGGCAAACGAGCCGCUUGGGAAUAUCCAUUCGCUGUAGCUGGUGUCAACAUUACCUUUAUGAUCAUGCAAAUGCUCGACCUAGAAGCAUCAAAGCCUAGGAGUUUUAUACGGUUGGUGUUCUUACAAAUGCUAUCAGAAAACGAAUGGGCCUUUGAUUUGCUUUACUGUGUGGCCUUUGCUGUAAUGGACAAGCAAUGGCUGGACAAGAACGCCACCUAUAUGGAAUUCAACGAUGUGCUAAGGUGUACAAAGAGUCAGUUGGAGAGAGAGCUGAUGAUGGAUGAUGUUUUCAGGAUCGAGGAUAUGCCUUCUUUCUCUCUACUGUCUUAGUUUAUCAAAUCUAUAUAUAUACUUUUGUUGUUACUUUAGCUUUAGACAAUCUCCACAUAAAGAAACCCAACAAAGGUGAAGUUUUAUUAUAACAACAAUAUCCAGAGGCAAAAUGAGAAAGCAAGUUCAACAUAAAA